GUCCUGUUCCCUCUGCUGACCAAGCUGCUGGACAAUAUUAGCCCUGCAGAUGUGGGAGGCAUGGAGGAGACCAGGAUGAGGGCCUGCACCCUGCUGUCAAAGGUGUUCCUGCAGCACCUCUCUCCCCUGUUGUCUCUGCCCACCUUCGCUGCCCUGUGGCUCACCAUCCUGGACUUCAUGGACAAGUACAUGCACGCUGGUUCCAGUGACCUACUGCUGGAAGCCAUUCCAGAGUCUCUGAAGAACAUGCUGCUGGUGAUGGACACAGCAGGAAUCUUCCACAGCGUUGACUCCCGUACGGGAUACUCUGACCUGUGGGAGAUCACCUGGGAACGCAUCAACUGCUUCCUGCCUAACCUCCGGGAAGAGCUCUUUAAACAGACAGUCAUACCCCAACCAGAUCCUGCUCCCAGUCCCCCAGUGGAACUUGCCCAGCCGGCUGCCCCCUCCCCCCCAGCCUCGCCACCCCCAGCCCAG